GUUUGUUGUAUAGUGAAGGUUGAGUUUUAUUUUUUUCGUUCAAAUCGUUGAAAAUUUGUGAUUAAAAAACGUUUUCGUUGCUUGGGCUUUGUAUGAAAAUCGUUCAAUAAAAUGCCCAGAAUCGAUCAAGAAAUUCGGUUGGACUUUAAGGAUGUCCUGAUUCGGCCGAAACGUAGUACGCUCAGUUCACGGGCGGCGGUUGAUUUGAACCGAACAUUCAAGUUCAGGAAUUCGAAUGCAGACUACGAAGGCAUUCCCAUCAUAGCCUCUAAUAUGGAUACGGUCGGUACAUUCGAAAUGGCAGCUGCGUUACAAAAGCACAACUGCUUCACAACAAUUCAUAAACACUAUCGAUUGGAAGACUGGGUUAAAUUUGCCGAUGAAAACCCAACAGUUUUAACGAAUGUCGCUGUUAGUGCUGGAGCUAGCAAGGAAGACUUUGAGAAAGUGAAGAAAAUUAUCGAACUCGUACCGGCCAUCAAUUACUUGUGUUUGGACGUUGCUAACGGUUACUCGCAAUUGUUCGUCGAUUGCGUUGCAUCGUUUCGCGAUGAGUUUCCGAAGAAGACCAUAAUCGCCGGCAAUGUAGUGACUGGCGAAAUGGUCGAAGAACUGAUUUUGACCGGUGCGGAUAUUAUCAAAGUUGGAAUUGGACCGGGAUCGGUUUGCACAACGAGAAAGAAGACUGGCGUUGGAUAUCCACAGCUCAGUGCGGUUAUUGAAUGUGCAGAUUCGGCCCAUGGACUUAACGGUCACAUCAUAUCAGACGGUGGAUGCACGAAUCCUGGUGAUGUGGCGAAAGCAUUCGGUGCCGGUGCUGAUUUUGUCAUGUUGGGUGGAAUGUUGGCCGGCCACGAACAAUGUGCCGGGGAAACGAUCGAAAGGAAUGGCAACAAGUACAAAUGUUUCUACGGAAUGAGUUCAACCACUGCUAUGGAAAAGCAUCACGGUGGUGUGGCUGAGUACAGAGCAUCGGAAGGCAAAACGGUUGAGGUGCCGUUCAAAGGGGAUGUGAAGCAUACAAUGAACGAUAUACUGGGUGGUUUGAGAUCGGCCUGCACAUACACAGGUGCGAGUAAAUUGAAAGAGCUGAGCAAACGGUGCACAUUUAUUCGAGUCUCGCAGCAGACGAACGAAGUGUUCCGUAAUUUUGAAGUUUAGGAAAUUUUUUUCACGGAAUUGUGUGCGGUUUUGAGGCAGCUUCUGGAGUAAAUGGAAAGGCGCUCAAAUUAAAUCGAUCAAAAAUUUAUUGAAGGUGGCAGUUCCAUUUUACAGAAUCGUUGGACAAGUUUCUUGUUUGUACAUUUUUAAUGAUGGGAGAAAUCGAAAAAGCUUUUUGUAGGCUUUAGGCGUGAUCUCAGUCUGUUUUUAAUAAAAAAACGAAUUUCG